AUGAUAACACAGCAUGAAAAUCUUGCCUUGUGGGGAAAAGCUACACAGUCAGACCUUGUCGAUAACCCAUAUAACGGUUGGAGUCAUGCCUCUAAUGCCAUUGACGGGAACCGCGAUUCACAUUUUUAUCAUGGGUCUUGCACUCACACUGACAGUCAGACUAACCCCUGGUGGAGAGUGGACCUGCUUGAUACCUACAUAGUCACCUCCGUCACCAUCACCAACAGAGGGGACUGCUGCCACACAAAUAUCAACGGUGCUGAAAUUCGCAUUGGGAAAUCCUUACAGGAUAAUGGCAUUCACAACACACUAGCUGGGGUGAUUACCUCCAUUCCAGCAGGUAGAUCUCUCACUCUGAGUUGGAACAAAGGUAUUGAAGGACGUUAUGUGGCUGUGGUUCUACCAAAGACAAGCACUCUAGUACUCUGUGAAGUGGAGGUUUAUGGGUACCUCGCCCCAACUGGAAAGAAUGUGGCUCUACGGGGAAAAGCCACCCAAUCGUCAUUGCAUGGGUUUGGGUUUGCUUACAAUGCCAUUGAUGGGAACCGUGACAAUGCUAUGGAACAUGGCUCCUGCACUCACACUUCUGGUGACCUUAACCCCUGGUGGCGAUUGGACCUGCUUAAUACCUACAAAGUGUUCUCCAUCACCAUCACCAACAGAAAGAAUCUUUCUUAUUCCAGCAGACUGAAUGGUGCUGAGAUCCGUAUUGGAGACUCCUUGGACGACAACAAUGGCAACAACAAUCCCAGGUGUGCUGUGAUCUCCUCUAUUCCAGCGGGCUUAUCCAGCACCUUCCAGUGUAACGGGAUGGAGGGUCGAUACAUCAACGUGGUCAUUCCAGGAAGGAAGGAGUACCUGACCCUGUGUGAGGUGGAGGUCUAUGGGUCACCACUGGACUGA